AUGGCAGCUGCACAGGUGUUGGGCUCUCCUGAGCUCCUAUCGCUGAUUUUACAAUGUUUCGAGGAACAACAUGACGAGGGUGACGAACUCGAACGUCGUGAAAACCGCUUGAAUCGAUCCACUCUGGCAACAGCCGCUCGAGUCGAUAACAUCUGGUUCGAGACGGCCACGAGAGUACUUUGGAGCUUCGAGCGUGGGUGCCCAGAGCUUGAAAUAUUGGACAACAUCGAACCUGUUCGCCGCGAGAUCUACGCUUCAAAACUCACGUCAAUACUAAUUAAGGACAAGUCUGGACAAACACCAAGCAUUCUUGCACUCUCUUUUCCUCGACGAAGGACGUUGUGUGUUGGCCUCGUCGGAAAGGAAACUGGUCCCUCCGUUUUGCCGAUAAAGCAAUACCUGUGUCCAUCAAUUGACUUUAUAGAUUUCUGGGAAUGGGACGAAGGAUUUGACAAGGACCUCUUGACUACCAUAAAAUUCCAAUGUCCUCGAUUGCGCUUUCUUGUACUUGAAACGGUCGACACCCACAACACCGAUAUCACGCCUGAGGACUUCAAUGACUUCUUCUGUACCAAGUCACUGGAAUUCUUGAGAAUGAGUAUCGAAUCGCCUUUGAUGAGCAAAAGUUUGUUCUCGACAUUAGGGAGAAUGCAAACUCUCAGAAAUCUAUCAAUCACCUCAUACCUAUCGUUGCGGCAGAUUCCAGAAUACAUCUUCAGCGAAGGGACGUCGUUCUUCGAUAACUUAGAACAGGUUGAUCUUAUACUUGAACGAGAGGCUGUACAGUCUGCUAUUGUAGCGAUUCGGCACGCAUCGACAGUCAAACUGCGAAUCAAGUCUCAUGUGUCUGCGAGAAUGGCUAUGUUCUCCGAUAUCAAGCGAAUGGAGAACCUGGAGGAUUUAACCCUGGUGUUCGAGGGAGAAGACACCACGUAUGUAGAGGGCGAGGACUUGUGUCAAUUGGGCGCACUGAAAAAAUUAGAGUUCCUCGUACUCAGGCCCGCUGAUUCGGAGAUUGACAUCGUCAGGCUGUUGCAUUUCAACGAUCUCGACUUUCAAGCCAUGUUUGCCGGUCUCAGGCGACUACACACCUUGAGCUGGGAGCUGACCGGGCUGGACCUCUCAGUCAAAACCCUCAUCAAACUAGCGCGAAACGCCAGAUUCAGAAACAUCUUUUUCCGAGGAUCUUGGGACCUUCAAGGUCUGUCCAAAUACACUGGUCGCCUCCUAUUCCCCAACUUGCGAAACCUUCAACUCGAAAGGACUGUCAUCUCAGGACACAAGGGCAACAUUCCUUUCAAACGAAUCGCUGAGAAUUUGCUUCGCCAUGCACCCAGGCUCAGCAACUUGACAUUUGAUCACGAUCAGAACGCAAAGGUCCAUGAUACCUGGAAGAAACUGAAGAAGGAGAAGGCAGAUUGGGAAGCCAAAAAUCCUCCAACGAUUAUAUAUCCUCCGACGGACUGGACGCUGAUCCUCAGAAAACCAUCCAGGGUGGAGACUCUGAAGCGUCGGGAGGAGCUUGGUGCACUCCCUCAAGCUCCUCAAGAUGCUUGA